AAAAUCGUAUAAAAGCCAGGUGUUAACAGAAUAAAGCAAACAGUACCGAUACCAAAGGGUUUCCAACUACAUCUCAUCCGCCACCAUGAAGUUCCUGAUUGUCCUGUCCGCCGUUUUGGCCAUCACUGUGGCUGAGCUACAGCUGUCCGAUGAGCAGAAGGCGGUGGCCCAUGCCAAUGCAGCUUUGUGCAUCCAGCAGGAGGGAAUCACCAAGGAACAGGCGACCGCUUUGAGAAAUGGAAACUUCGAGGACAGCGAUCAAAAGGUCAAGUGCUUUGCCAACUGUUUCCUGGAGAAGACCGGAUUCCUGAUCGAUGGCAAGGUGCAGCCCGCUGUCGUUUUGGCCAAGUUGGGACCGCUGGCCGGUGAGGAUGCCGUGAAGGCGGUUCAGGCCAAGUGCGAUUCCAUCACAGGGGCCGAUAAGUGCGAUACCGCCUUCAAGCUAUUCGAGUGCUACCACAAGAACCGCGCCAACAUCUAAGCCCAAUUCUGGCGAAUUUAUUAUGUGUGAUAAUCUGUCUGUGAACUUGUUACUUAGUUUGUUCGAACCGAGUACAUAUAACCAAUGAGAAAACAAGGUUAAAAUAAGGCUUCUCGCCUUCAGGGUAAUUGUUGUUGAAAUAUUAAAAUUUAUUUUCCCAAAAAUUGUUUUUAUUAUUAUUUAAUAAAAUCUUAUUGACAAGUUAA